AUGUCCAAUUUAAAAGUCUCCUAUUUGGUCGUUGGUGGUGGAAUAGCUGGUGUCACUUGCGUUGAAACACUUGCGAUUCUUCAUCCGGAAGAAACACUUGCGAUAAUUACAGCCUCGUCGCUAGUUAAAAAUGUGACCAAUGUUAGUUUUUAUGCAAAAACCAUUGUUAAGUUUGACGUUAGCGAAACCGAAGCAAAUUCCUUAUUAAAAAUUCACCCUAAUCUAAACAUUAUCUAUGACUCUUUAAAACAUAUAAAUACAAUGCAAAAACUUGUUACUACAGAUGGUGGUAAUAUAAUAGAAUAUAACGUGAUUUGUAUUUGCACAGGAGGCAUACCAAGGCUUAUAUCAGAUUCUAAUAAAUGUAACAGAAUUUUAGGCAUCAGAGAUACAGAUUCUGUGAAAGAAUUUGAAGAGAAGCUGAAAACAGGCCGUCGAAUGGUGAUAGUAGGCAACGGUGGCAUUGCGUCAGAAAUUGUUUAUGCUACUAAAGGGAUUCAGAAAGUGUGGGUGAUAAGAGAUGAUUAUAUUUCGGCCACAUUCAUUGAUCCAGGAGCAGCUGAAUUUUUUCAAAAUACCAUGAAGAAUAGAUCUCCUGAAGUUGAAAAAAAUAAGCAUACAAUUCUAAGAAGACAUGUUUUUACAGAAGAAGACACAGUUGUUGCCAUAAAUAAGAACAUAAAAUCUGCUGCCCUAGGACCAGACUGGUAUCGUAAACUUGAAAGUGUUAAAAAUGAAAAUGGUGAACAAGAGCUUGAGAUAAUUUACAAGGUUGAAGUUGAAUCUGUUCAGGAAGUAGACAAUAAUGAAUAUUGUUUGGAAGUAAAACUCACCAAUGGAAGGACUAUAUCUUGUGACUUUGUUAUAUCUGCUACAGGAGUAGAACCUGCAGUAAAUUUUACUUUCGAUAAAGAACCCAAAAGAGGAAAUGAUGGUGGACUAGCAGUCAAUGAGAAUCAAGAAACAACAGUGAAAGAUGUUUUUGCAGCUGGUGAUGUUGCUUUUGCUGCUUGGCCUUAUGCUCCACACUGGUUUCAGUUAAGGUUAUGGACCCAAGCUAGACAAAUGGCAGGUAUGGCUGCAAAAGCCAUGCAUGCUAGAAUAACAAAUGAAGAUGUACUCCAAGAUUUUUGUUUCGAGCUGUUCACUCACUGCACAACACUUUUUGGGUAUAGAGUAGUUUUAUUAGGAAAAUAUAACGGGCAAGGUUUAGGAAAUGAUUAUGAAAUACUUCUUCGAACAACACCAAAUGUUGAAUACAUUAAGUUUGUUCUUCAAAAUGGGAGAUUACAAGGUGCCAUAUUAAUAGGAGAAACUAACUUAGAGGAAAUGUGUGAAAAUUUGAUUUUGGACCAAAUUGAUUUGACACCUUUUGGUGAUGAUAUUUUGAAUCCUGAUAUUGAUAUUGAUGACUACUUUGAUUAA